AUGGACGACGACGUCAAGUCCCAGCAUGGCGAUGUUGAGGUUGCUGAAGGUGUCGCGGCAAAUGCACCGGCUACCACUCACGAAGGAGAGCCACAAGUCGACGUACCCGAGACGACAGUCGAGGCCACAGAAGACGCGGAUGACUCUGCCUUGGACACAAGCAUCGCUUCCCAACAGCACGACGAUGAGAACGAAGUUAUAGACCCGGCCGAAGGCGGAGACGCCGCGGAGGACGCACCGAUUGACGAUGCCAUUCACGAUGUUGACAACGCGGACAUGGACCAAGACCACUCACACCUUGAGGAUUCAAUUGUCGAUGAUGACGAAGCUAGUCAUCAUGGAGUCGAUGUCCAAGCGGAAGAAGAGUCCGUUAUGCCGAGCAUAGAGAGCGAAAUCGUAGACGACAUGGGCGAGGAGACCUCGUCACGGAAGCCCUCACCUCGAAGAGCCUCCGCACGCACCGAGGCACUCAUACAGGCUGCUGCUCGAGAUAUUGUGGCUCAAAUGGAGACACACCGAAGCAGUCAAGAGCAUGAGGACCAUGGCGAUGACUCAGUUAUGAGUUACCAGACAGAUGGCGACCAAGGCGAUCACUCUGUGCUGAGCUCUCAUACAGUUGCCUCUGACGGCGAGCAACACGAUCAAAGUGAAUUAUCCGUGGAAGAUCACAGUGAGCUUCACGAGGAGUCGCAGAUACAGCAUUCAUUCCAUGAGGAGUCAAGCUCUCCACAGCCAGCCGAUGAAGCAGCGGACAGCAGCUCCCAUCACGAAGGCACAGAUGAGGAUGUCUUUAGUGACAAGAGCCCCAGAAGCUCUUUGGGUUCUUACGAUGGAGGGUCUGAGUCUGGCAAGGGCACCGCAGUACCUGACAAUGUCACGGUAGCUACCCGAACGCCCCGCAUCUCGGACAUCUCUCAAUAUGACAGAGACGACGACUUCAUUCCCACAGUACGGGGCACGCCUCGUCCUCCUUUCCGCACACCAUCCGAUGUCCACGCUAUGCAGAUGUCCUCGCCAGCCCCGUCAGUCUUUGGAUCCGUGCUUGGCUCGCCUCGAUCAAGCAAACGGACUUUCCCAACUGUGUCACGUCUUGGGAGCCCGGUUGCGUCUGCGCAAUACUCGCCCAAGAACAGAACGCCAUCUCGGUUCAAGGUCAAGGAGGCACCUCUUGUCCUUCUUCACGUUACGCUUGUGCCGCUCCGAUGGAUGUGGGGCGAUGUGAUUGAUAGCCUGGACCCGUCAGAGAUGAGUGAUGAGGCAAAAACUCUUCGCGAAUCGUGGAGGAUGUUGCAAGACCGGAUGGGCGACACAGUGCUCGAGAGGGGCAUCCUUCUUGGCCAUCCUCAGAACGACUAUGAGAUUCUCGAGGAGCGCCUCCUGGAAGCACUAGACUUGCCCAUGCGCAGACGCGCUCGGAUAUUGGAAUGCGGCCAUUACCUCGGCCCGGCCAAUGAGCAUAGCGUUGGUGACGACUCUGAAGGAGAGGAUGAUUAUGAAACUAUCCAUCCCGAGGCAAAGCGACAUUGGUGCAACACCUGCAAGAGUGAUAUUCGGUAUGAUUCACUUGGCGCCGGCAGGAUCUUCCGCGUCAAGGUCUAUGCUAGCAACGGACUUAUGAGGGCGGGUGCUUGGGCCGCGUGUUGGAAGGAGAUGGAGCGAGUGGACGUCGAACUUGAGCCAGUCGUUGAGCCAGGCCUCCACGAGGAGUUGGCUCGCCUUGAAGCUGCUCUACAAGAGCGCGAGGCAGCACAGCAUCAACAGCUGGAUAUCGCAUCGGAGAUAAUGCAACAAGUCGAAGAGCAGCAAGAUACGGCGUCGAGUGAGCAGCCUGAUCUUAUCCAUGCACAACUCGAGAUUUCGUCCACGCAACCAGAGCCUGCCACUGGACGCAGAUCACUGGGCGAGGAGCGUCGACGACAGGAUGAAGAGCGGUUGCGGGAGAUUUACGGCACUACGCCAGAACUGCCAACAGAAUACAGUUCUGAAGCACAUCACUCACACCCUGAUUCGUACAUUCCGCCGCCUUCGCCUCGGUCCCCUUCAGAGGAGGCCUAUGAGCGCAGAGAGAGCCGUCGCCGAUCCUAUCAGUCCGAUUCACUAUCGGAGCUGCUGCUUCAGUCUGUCAAGGUCCUCAUGCAAGACCGCAAGAAUAUCGUAAUCAUCGCGCUGAGCAUUUUCGUGCUUCUUAUGGCUUUGCGCACCACACCCCAGCAACCUCGCGUUGAUUCGACUGCCUUUGAGAUAAAGAUGGCACCACAGAUCCAGCAUUCGACUGUUCCCGAGCCAGUUCAGCUUGUGCAGGACUCGGCACCCAUCGCAGAGCCUGUUGUAAGCUAUGCCACGACUUCGCAGAGCUACGCAUCGCAGCCAAGCUUUACACCCGAGAGUGUGGCCCCUAAGAGCAUCGACAGCGCCCAGGAUCCUUGCUCGACCCAAAGUGGGAUCCUUGAGCCUCCUGCGAAAGCUAUUGAGCCUGCAGUCUCGCGAUCGGCUUCGCAGGAGAUCAGCACCCAGAGAACUACUGUACGAGUUAUGGAGACAGUCACUGAGACUGAGACCCUGAGAAUUGAAACUGUCACCGAGACGGAGACGAUGCGAGUCAAGGCUACUGUGACUAUGACGGAGUCCUCGCAGGCUGCCAAGCCCACACUGCCCGCUCUUGAGCAGGCAGCCUACACCCCUGGGGUAGAUGGUCCUCUUGAGUUGCCUUCGGGCGAGGCACGGAUGGAACUCUAG